AGGAGUCAUCAGAUUCUUGAAAACUCACCUCUGAACAGGAGCCCACCCUCCAGCCCUGACACCAUGACCCACUCCUGCUGCUCCCCCUGCUGCCAGCCUACCUGCUGCAGGACCACCUGCUGCCAGCCCACCUGCUCUGAGUCCAGCUGCUGCCAGCCUUGCUGCCCCCCAACUCGCUGUCAAACCACCUGCUGCAGGACCACCUGCUCCCAGCCAACUUGUGUGACCAGCUGCUGCCGCCCUUCCUACUGCAGCUCUCCCUGCUGCCAGCCCACCUGCUCUGAGUCCAGCUGCUGUGGACAAACCUGCAGUGGGUCCAGCUGCUGCCAGCAUUGCUGCCACUCAAUUAACUGUCAAACCACCUGCUGCCAGCCAGCUUGCUCUGGACCCGUGUACUGCCAGAGAACCUGCUACCACCCCACCUGCGUCUGCCUGCCUGGGUGCCAAGCCCAGAGCUGCAGAUCCAGCUGCCGCCAGCCUUGCUGCUGCUGA